AUGGAGCACUACAUCAUAGAGAGAGCGUAUGGAGCACUACAUCCUACAGGGAGCGUAUGGAGCACUACAUCCUACAGGGAGCGUAUGGAGCACUACAUCCUACUGGGAGGAGCACUACAUCCUACUGGGAGGAGCACUACAUCCUACUGGGAGCGUAUGGAGCACUACAUCCUACAGGGAGCGUAUGGCGCACUACACCCUACUGGGAGGAGCACUACAUCAUACUGGGAGCGUAUGGAGCACUACACCCUACACGCAGCGUAUGGAGCACUACAUCCUACAGGGAGCGUAUGGAGCACUACAUCCUACUGGGAGGAGCACUACAUCCUACUGGGAGCGUAUGGAGCACUACACCCUACACGCAGCGUAUGGAGCACUUCAUCCUACUGGGAGCGUAUGGAGCACUUCAUCCUAUUGAGAGCGUAUGGAGCACUUCAUCCUACUGAGAGCGUAUGGAGCACUACAUCCUACAGGGAGCGUAUGGAGCACUACACCCUACUGGGAGCGUAUGGAGCACUACACCCUACUGGGAGGAGCACUACAUCCUACUGGGAGCGUAUGGAGCACUACACCCUACGCGGAGCGUACGAAGCACUACAUCCUACUGGGAGCGUAUGGAGCACUACAUCCUACUGGGAGGAGCACUACAUCCUACUGGGAGCGUAUGGAGCACUUCAUCCUACUGGGAGCGUAUGGAGCACGACACACUACUGGGAGCGUAUGGAGUAGUACACGCUACUGGGAACGUAUGGAGCACUACAUCCUACAGGGAGCGUAUGGAGCACUAAAUCCUACUGGGAGCGUAUGGAGCACUACAUCCUACUGGGAGCGUAUGGAACACUACACCCUACUCGGAGGAGCAAUACAUCCUACUUGGAGCGUAUGGUGCACUACACCCUACACGCAGCGUAUGGAGCACUACAUCCUACAGGGAGCGUAUGGAGCACUACAUCCUACUGGGAGGAACACUACAUCCUACUGGGAACGUAUGGAGCACUAUAUCCUACUGGGAGCGUAUGGAGCACUACAUCCUGCUGCGAGCGUAUGGAGCACUACAUCCUACUGGGAGCGUAUGGAGCACUACAUCCUACUGGGAGCGUAUGGAGCACCACACCCUGCUGGGAGCGUAUGGAGCACUACAUCCUACUGGGAGCGUAUGGAGCACUACAUCCUACUGGGAGCGUAUGGAGCACUACACCCUGCUGGGAGCGUAUGGAGCACUACAUCCUACUGGGAGCGUAUGGAGCACUACAUCCUACUGGGAGCGUAUGGAGCACUACACCCUGCGGAUAUGUGGAUAUGUCUUGGCCGUUUUAGUCUGAUUCCACUGAAAAGAAUGAGUCUCUCUCUCUGCAGAACUAUAUACAUACACACACACUUGAGUGAAAGGAAGGUACAGCUGUGACAUUUUCCAAGGCAUCAUUUCUAGAGAAAAAGAAAACAAACGUGUAGGGGCGUCAUGCUGUACAGUACAUGUAUAUAACCCCGUGUAUACCUGUGUGACAAUAUGGAGUGCUGGUGAUAUCCAGCUGAUGACAUUAACUAAAUCUGUUACAAACAGCUUUUUUCAACGGGCCAAACUAUCCCGGAAGUAUUGUAUACAGAGGAGACGGGCGAUGUAGCGUGAGUAUUAUCGAUUGAUAUGAGGUAAUAAGUAACUGUAUACAUCCAAGUUUACAUUUACACUCUAUAGUCUCACCAACAACAGGGUGAUGUAGCGUGAGUAUUAUCGAUUGAUGUGAGGUAAUAAGUAACUGUAUACAUCCAAGUUUACAUUUACAUUCUAUAGUCUCACCAACAACAGGGUGAUGUAGCGUGAGUAUUAUCGAUUGAUGUGAGGUAAUAAGUAAUUGUAUACAUCCGAGUUUGCAUUUACAUUCUAUAGUCUCACCAACAACAGGGCGAUGUAGCGUGAGUAUUAUCGAUUGAUGUGAGGUAAUAAGUAACUGUAUACAUCCAAGUUUACAUUUACAUUCUAUAGUCUCACCAACAACAGGGCGAUGUAGCGUGAGUAUUAUCGAUUGAUGUGAGGUAAUAAGUAACUGUAUACAUGCAAGUUUACAUUUACAUUCUAUAGUCUCACCAACAACAGGGCGAUGUAGCGUGAGUAUUAUCGAUUGAUGUGAGGUAAUAAGUAACUGUAUACAUCCAAGUUUACAUUUACAUUCUAUAGUCUCACCACCAACAGGGCGAUGUAGCGUGAGUAUUAUCGAUUGAUGUGAGGUACUAAGUAACUGUAUAAAUCCAAGUUUACAUUUACAUUCUAUAGUCUCACCAACAAAAAGGCGAUGUAGCGUGAGUAUUAUCGAUUGAUAUGAGGUACUAAGUAACUGUAUACAUCCAAGUUUACAUUUACACUCUAUAGUCUCACCAACAACAGGGCGAUGUAGCAUGAGUAUUAUCGAUUGAUGUGAGGUAAUAAGUAACUGUAUACAUCCAAGUUUACAUUUACAUUCUAUAGUCUCACCAACAACAGGGCGAUGUAGCGUGAGUAUUAUCGAUUGAUGUGAGGUAAUAAGUAACUGUAUACAUCCAAGUUUACAUUUACAUUCUAUAGUCUCACCAACAACAGGGUGAUGUAGCGUGAGUAUUAUCGAUUAAUGUGAGGACCCCCAUUUCUUCCCGCUUCCUAGAUAUGUCCGUUACAUGUAAUAAAUCUAGGACCACCAUUUCUCCCCGCUUACUAGAUAUGUUCGUUCUAUGUAAUAUAUCUUGGACCACCAUUUCUCUCCGUUUCCUAGAUAUGUACGUUACAUAUAAUAUAUCUAGGACCACCAUUUCUCCCCGCUUCCUAGAUAUGUACGUUACAAGUAAUAUAUCUAGGACAACCAUUUCUCCCCGCUUCCUAGAUAUGUACGUUACAUGUAAUAUAUGUAGGACCACCAUUUCUCCCUGCUUCCUAGAUAUGUACGUUACAUGUAAUAUAUCCAGGACCACCAUUUCUCCCCGCUUCCUAGAUAUGUACGUUACAUGUAAUAUAUCUAGGACCCCCAUUUCUCCCCGCUUCCCGGAUAUGUACGUUACAUAUAAUAUAUCUAGGACCACCAUUUCUCUCCGCUUGCUAGAUAUGUACGUUACAUAUAAUAUAUCUAGGACCACCAUUUCUCCCUGCUUCCUAGACAUGUACGUUACAAGUAAUAUAUCUAGGACCACCAUUUCUCCCCGCUUCCUAGAUAUGUACGUUACAUGUAAUAUAUCUAGUACCACCAUUUCUCCCCGCUUACUAGAUAUGUACGUUACAUGUAAUAUAUGUAGGACCACCAUUUCUCCCCGCUUCCCAGAUAUGUACGUUACACGUAAUAUAUCUAGGACCACCAUUCCAUGUAAUAUAUCUAGGACCACCAUUUCUCCCCGCUUACUAGAUAUGUACGUUACAUGUAAUAUAUCUAG